UUUUAUUUGGCCAAUCAGAGAGAGGGACUCCCUCUGACGUCAUAGCCGCUCUCUUCCGCCUGGUCAGGACACUAAAGGGUCAUGUGAUCAGAAACAAGUUUGAGCCAAAGAUCGUCAGAGAGGUGAGCAGACAGAUGAUGUUGUGUGUUGUGGCGUGUGUGUUGAUGCUCUCCGGUCUCGUCCAAUCCGGACCGACUGACAGCAGGUCAUCUGUUCUCUCUGAUGUCCGCGGACACUCGUAUAAACAGCAGGAGAAGCUGGACCCUGAAGUGCACAUGAACAUUACAGAGAUCAUUAGACGGUGGGGUUAUUCUGCAGAGGAACACGAGGUGGUGACAGAGGACAAAUAUAUCCUGACUGUCAACAGGAUCCCACAGGGACUUAGACACACUCCAGGUCCAAGGCCUGUGGUGCUCCUCCAACAUGGUCUCCUGGCUGCCGGCAGUAACUGGAUCACCAAUCUGCCCAACUCCAGUCUGGGCUACGUGCUGGCCGACGCCGGCUACGACGUGUGGAUGGGAAACAGCAGAGGAAACACCUGGUCCAGGAAACACCAAACUCUCACUCCAGACCAAGAAGACUUCUGGAGGUUCAGCUAUGACGAGAUGGCUCUGAAGGAUCUUCCAGCUGUUGUAAAUCACAUCCUGAAGGUGACGGGUCAGGAACAGAUCUACUACAUCGGACACUCUCAGGGAACCACUAUAGCAUUCAUUGCAUUCUCCACGCUGCCAGAACUGGCCAGUAAGAUCAAGUUGUUCUUUGGCUUGGCUCCUGUCGCAACCGUAGCGUUCACCGCUAGUCCAAUGACCAAACUGUCAGUGCUGCCCGAGUUCCUUCUCUGGGACCUGUUUGGUAGGCGGGACUUCCUGCCUCAGAGCCACAUGAUCGAAUGGUUAGCAGAACACGUGUGUGCGAAGCAGCUGCUCAGCGAGUUGUGUGGAAAUGUGUUCUUCAUCCUCUGUGGCUUCGACGAGAAAAACCUCAACAUGACUCGGACUCCAGUCUACACCACACACUGUCCUGCAGGGACCUCAGUCCAGAACAUGGUGCACUGGGCCCAGGCGGUUGGUGGAGGGAAGCUGAUGGCCUUCGACUUUGGAGCUGCAGGAAACAUGAAACACUACAACCAGUCCACUCCCCCUCAGUAUCGCGUCCAGGACAUGAAGGUUCCCACUGCUCUGUUCUCAGGGGGACAGGAUACACUGGCAGACCCCAAAGAUGUGGCUGUCCUCCUCACCCAGCUGUCUAAUCUGGUCUACCAUCAGCAUAUUGAACACUGGGAACAUCUGGAUUUCAUCUGGGGUCUGGAUGCUCCUGAGGUGAUGUUUCCCUCCAUCCUGAAGCUGCUGCAGGAACACCACUGAGAGAGUGUGUGUGUGCGUGUUGUUGAUGACCUCAUAUGUGUGUAUGAGGCUUUGUUCAUUCUGUACUGUAACGUGUCCACAUGAACCUCAUACGACUAAACAUCAGCAUGUUAGCUGUGCAUUACAGCGAGUUGGAGGUUAGAGGCAUUAACAUUAUUUUAGUGUUUUAACAGAAAAACAUGCUGCCUCGUAUUUGUUUUUCCACCUCCAUGUUUUUCUUCAUCUUGAUCACAGCAGCACCUGGUGGACUGUAGAGGAACUGCUUCCAGACACCCUUAUGUUCUAAGGCUGCUGCUGUUGGUCAAAUCAGCUGCUAUUGGUCAAGAGUUUUCUUUUUUUUUUU